GUGCUAGGGUAUCUUAGGGAAGCUGGUUUCUCUUCCUGUCCACAAUGUUGCGCAUGAAAGGCGUCAUAGCAGUGGCCGCUCUCGCGGUUCUGCUUCAGGAGGUACAUUGCCAACCUGCUCAGAACGUACAGCUAACCAACGGACCCGUGGGAAUUGCUCCACAUCAGCAGCUGUCGCUCGAAAAACCGACAUUUCCCGUGGCAAUUGCUCAGCCUGCACAGCCACAGCUUCCUUCCGUGGCUCCCACGGUUACGGCACCACAGCCGUCGGUGUCAGCUGUGCCGCCUGCCACUUCUCCACUAACUGGACAGCUGCCUCAAGGAGUUGCUUUUCCAGUCACACCUCCAGUUGCUCCUACUGUGCUCUCCACUUCGUUCGUUUUGCCGCCGUGGAUUCAGCGAAUCGCCAACGUUGCCGCAGGAAUGACAGCGUUUCUUUCCUCCAUAGGAAUACAAGACCUGCCAAUGGUUGAAGACUGUGGGAAGGCACCUCAAAUGAGAGAAGUGAUGCUGUGCGUACAAAACAUAAUGGACGGCGCGAGGCAUAUUUUCAACACCGGAAGAGAAAUCGCUACCCUCAACGUCCGCGUUCUGUCGGGUGGCCGGCGUGCAGACAGUGCUCUUGCGCGGCUGAAAACGCUUGUUUCGCGGCCUUAUUCUAAAAAGUUGAUGAAGGCUCUAGGCUCGCCGAUGUCAGCUCUGUUUCUAAUGCAACGAGAGGCGACUCCAGAUAGACAGAGGUGGCUUGCCGGAUCGAUUUUGACUCUCGUUUCUGACCUGCCUAUUGCGACGGAUAUUGCUGACUCCGCCACUGGUGGCUUUGGCCACGUCAAUGUCGUGUUACCAAGGCCAUCAAGAGUUCACCGUAUUGAUCGUGCGAUGAAAGAACUACAACAGGGAAUGGAUCCAAGCGCCAUCAGUAAUGGCGGGUUAGGUGAAGGCAGCGUUGGUGAUGGAGGCUUAUUCCAUGACGACUAAAAGGUCACCUGGUGGAAGACGUCAUCAAGACAAAUGGUAGAAACGGCAUAUGCCGUAGCGG